CUGGCGCAGUUUCUGCGUACCGCAGCUGCACUCAAGAUAAACAAAAUUUUGAUGCCUGCCGUCGUACUGGUCACACGGGAAGAAGUGCAUUGCUGCAGGAGUCGGAACCGAAAGUCCUACCAGGAACCAAACUCUACCCAGGAAACGAACCAUCAGGAAUGGCGGCGUUUGAACUAAUCGCGAACGCCCUAACAGCGCUGCAGGACGCAACACAAGCCCUGAGCAUGAGUUACGACGGAGAUUCUGUGACCUUGGUGAUUGGAAACCGUGUAUACCGGUAUACGAGUCGGACGCUCUAUCUGACAGGCAUCAAGUUAGCACGUUGGCUGGUUGCCUGCACGCUCAGCCUUCUCCGCUUGAUCCUGUUUUUCCCAUCGACGCCCAUCUUCCUGCUUCUCGUACUGGUGCUGCUGAGUUUGGUGUUCCGAAGGUGGUGCUUAGGCGAAGGUGGGCCCCCGGAGGAAACCAGGAUCCCCAGUGUACCACCUCGCAGUCUCACUCGACCUACCAGUGUCGAGGAGGAAGCAUGUCUUUCGCUGGCUAGACGAGUCCGCCGUCAUCUGCGUUGCACCAGACACGACGCCCACCACUGCUUCACAAGGAGGAUCGCCGAGGGUCGCGCCAUGACCGAGCCGGUAGCUGCGAGAGUUAUUCAGCGCUGGGUCCGCGCCAGGUUCCAGCCGUGGGUCCGCGGGCGGGUGGUUUACAGCGCCAGCGCAUCACGCCCUCAGAGGGAGCCAGGCUGGUGGACAGGGAUGCCUGUGCCACGGUCGUCACCAUCGUAGACCAUAACGGCACGUCGACCAUCGGACUCCAGCAUCCCGGCGAUGCUUCCUUGGUGGAAAACCACUUGGAAUAGCACCGACACCGGGUUCGGAGCGCCCGUGGUCGACACCGACUGUGCGACCCCCAGCUUGCGCCGACGUUGGGGAGACGCGACGACUUCCUCUUCGCGUAUUCUUUCCGCAGACCAAAUUGAUGGGCAUUUGCUGGAAGUGUCAGCGUCAGCGGUCUUAGCGAUUGCGGCCUCUCCGCGAGAAGACUAACAGUGACUUUCGGGGGCUGUUGGACUCACGCCGAUACUUAUGCGUAAGAUGGCACGACAAAGCAAAAGCGAAAUUUGCAUAGCGUUGACCAGGACCUCUGGUUACGUUCUCGACAAUAUAAUGAGUACGAAGCACGAAAUGACCGUCUCAUUGUAGGUUAUAA